UGUGGCAUAACUCUGGUCACGACAGUUAUAAUCAUGGCAUUAGUGAUACCGGCACUCAACAUGUUGAACAGUUAUUACUACAAUUACGCCUCAGAGACUAUUACGGCGGCCAAAGCUAUCAUAAUUACAGUGGGAGUCGUCUGUAUUAUAAACCAAUGUUUGGGCGUAUUUGCGGGUUAUAAGGAGCACUUCCAACUGGCGCUGGGAUACGGUGUGGUCUCAAUACUGUUGACAGUGCUGUGCUUUGUCGGCGGGAUAUUGAUUGGCGGUAUUGGCUAUUGGUAUUUGAUGAUCCAGUUUGCUGUGUGCGCGGGUUUAGGCUUUCAGUUUACCCGUGAGAUACGCCGGUGCGAUCUGAACGCUAAUCUGGGCCAUCAGGCCGUUUACGUCAACACAGGCCUACAGCCCAACGUAGUGUAUCAGGUGCCCCCGCAACCCAACUAUGUUAUGGCCGCACCCGUACAACAAACCGGCGCUGUUUAUAUAACACCGACGCUGACAGCAUCGCAGACAAUGCACGCAUCGGGCGGUCAAAUGAUUAUUACAACCCCGACGUACGGCCCAACCUCUCAGAUGGUAGCCUACCCUAACCCAAACCCCGGACCCUCAUAUGUUGAUCCCAUCCACACCCCUCCCACUUAUACACAGUCUCAGGAAGAUCUACGCAUGUCGCAAGGAGGUCUAGCUUUUCGCCCUGAUCAUUUAAAUGAGCAUAAAUAAGUGCCAUAUUAAACACAAU